UUUUUUUUUUUUCGCAAACAAAAAGUUCAUUGGAUAUCGUCUCAAUGCUCUACAUUAUUGUUUCUCCCUUUUUGAGCUCAAAGUAUCCAGCAUUCAACAUCAGCCUUUUUCCACUGAUUUGCAAUGCGACCAUUUCUAUAUGGACUGUUUGUAUUGUCUAGACUAUUGUUCGCGUCAGGGCAAAAAGCUGAAGAUUAUAAGAUCACCUCGUUGCCCGGGAUUGAUGUCGACAAACUCAACUUUACACAAUAUGCAGGUCACAUUGAGAUAAAUAGUACAACGAAUGCAAAUAUCUUUUUUUGGAUGGUCGAGAAAGAAGCGACAGCGCCACUUGGGAAACUUAUUAUAUGGUUGAAUGGUGGCCCUGGAUGCUCAAGUAUGGAUGGAUUGUUCUUAGAGAAUGGACCCUUCAGGGUUAACAAAGACUUAUCUCUGAGUAUAACCGAGGGCGGGUGGCAGAAUUAUGCAACAAAUGUUUUCGUUGAUCAACCAGUGGGUACUGGAUUCAGCUUCGCAAAUACAGAUAGUUAUAUGCAUACAAUGUCAGAUGUAACGGAUGAGUUUGUCCUUUUUAUCGAUAAAUUAUUCGAUACAUUCCCAAGUUUAAGGCAACAAGAUUUGUAUAUUGCUGGUGAAAGCUUUGCCGGCACUUAUAUACCCUAUUUCGCCCUACGGCUGUUAGAACUUAACCAGAAAGGGCAAAAGUAUUCCCUGAAAGGCAUAGCCAUCGGAAACGGAUGGAUCGCUCCAGAGCAUCAAUACAACGCCUACUAUGAUUUCAGUGCUGCACAAAAUCUAAUAAGCAAUGACCGGCUGCCACUGGUAUCAGCUCAUAUGAAAAUAUGCCAGGACGAUUUAAAGAAAAAGGAAACAAUUCACAUAAGCUCCUGCGAAAGAAUAGUAUCUGAUAUUCUCGAUGACAGCACGCAUGAAAACGGAAAUGGAACCAAAGUAUGUCUUAAUAUGUAUGAUAUUCGUUUAAAAGACGAAACGUUUCCAGACUGCGGUUUAUCAUGGCCCUAUGAAUUAGACGACGUGACCAAAUACUUAAGGUUGCCAGAAGUAAAACGAGCCAUUCAUGCGGAAAAACAAACGUUAGGUUGGAAAGAAUGUACCUCUUUGGUAUCAAUUGAAUUACAUGAGGACAAUGAUAAGCCAGCAUAUUAUCUUUUACCUGAUAUUUUGAAAGAAAUACCAGUACUCCUGUUUAGUGGAGAAUAUGACUUAAUUUGCAACUAUGUUGGAACCGAAUAUCUGAUUGGCAAUAUGACAUGGAAUGGAUCGAAAGGCUUUGCUAAAGAUAUUCAAAGGGAAGAAUGGACUAUAGACAAUAAAUUAGCUGGCUAUUAUACCCAAGAACGUAAUUUGACCUACGUGCUUAUCAAAGAUGGCAGUCACAUGGUUCCCUAUGAUCGACCUUUAGAGUGCUUGGAUAUGAUGAAUCGGUUCAUGGAAGUCGGGGACAACGUAGUGAAAGGAAGAAUGAGCCAGGUUGGAGACAAUACAGUGACACCUUCAGCUCCUUCGGAUGUCCCUCCUACGCCAUCGAGCAUGAUGACGCCAACACCAACAAAAACAGAUGAAGAUGGAUCAGAUGAUAGCGCAGUCACUGGUAGUCGCUCUUAUGGCUUGGGAGCAACUUCUAUAGUUUUGAUAAUUGCGCUGGCUACCGGAAUUUGCUGUUGUUGGUACAAAAGACAAAGGCACCCAUCAGGCUCGCGAGCAGCAGAAUUUGGAGGGGCUCCACGACAUGAACGCCUACAGUCUAGUAAUAUCAUACAUAAUGCGGUUGGACGCGUCCGCGGUCUUUUCGCUAAAUUGACAGCAGUAUCAAAUAACAGACGACGAAAGUUUCGUUUGGAUGAGAAUGAAGAGACCAAUGAAUUGGAUGAACUUGUGAUAGAAACACCUAUGUUAUACGAAGCGGAAGUGAGCGAGGAUGACAAUGAUGAUAACGACAGUUCGGCAGAUCAACAUCAGCGACACUCAAAUUCUGGAGGUCAUGAUAACAGUUUCUUUGCAAUAGGCGGCCAUGAAGAAGAUGAGGAAAGUGAUAUUGACGACUUUGACGACUUCGCUGAUUUUGAAGAAGUAGGGGAGCGACAUACCUCUUCUUCAUUAAGCAAAAAGAGUCAGAAAAAGGAUUAACAUCCAACCAAACAAUAAGAAAAAUUCAUUAUGUCUCCUCUUCUUCAUCAUCAUUAUCAACAUUUUGAACAUAAAUCUAUCAAUGCUUUCUUUUUAUAAGUGCUCUUUACUCAUGUCGUUUUUCUUAGAAAAACAAUUAAAACAAUGAAGAUGUGCAUAUGGUCUGACUUCCUUGGUAAUCAAUGACUCCAAGGCGGAAAUGCUGCAAUUCGCAAAUGACUGCGUUGGCCAGGGGUCUAAUAUCAUACUUGACUCUAUUAUUCCAAAAAUUUACAGACGCAUCUAUUUCAAUUAAAACGCUUUCCAAACAUUGUAUACUUACUACUAGGGUUUCCGAAACGUUCUUGACUUUCUACCGCUCAAAUCAGGGCCAGAAUAAAUAAAAUGUUCGGAAAAAAAAACCAAAAAAAAACGCAUACAAUUCUAGAGCCUUUUCUUUCCAAUACGUGAAACAAAUUAUCAUGAAAAGCCGC